AUGGCAGGAAAAUUGGUUCAAGCCAGUGAGCGUGAGCAGCAACACUCUUGGUCUCAUGCGCAGACCUACGAGUCGGCGAAAGAGCACUUCCACAUCCAGUCCGAACCCAUUCUCCAGCUCUACACCCCUCCACCCCGUCCAGCAAUCGCACAAGCCAAUCUCGAGUAUUCCUCGAAGGCCGCGAAACUCCCCGUCAUUCCCGACCUGCCCUCACUGGAUCAUCUUUUGCGCUUCGACCAGGAAGCCGUGACGGCACUACCUCAUCCUUGGGCUCGGCUCUCAACGGCAACGCAGCUUCACCCGGUCCCGAAUGCCCCGAGGCAUGUCUAA